UCAACACAAUUACAACAACAACAGGUGUGCGCACACCAGUCCGCACCCGGGCCGUGUACAUACAAUGUACGGUGUAUGUUUGUCUGUGCAGCGAUAGAAUAUUUUGGCGUCAUUGGAGCUAUAAGAUGGCGCCUGCUUAGUAACGCCAUGAUAUUUUAUACGCAGUGACGAACGCUUACAAAUUGGUUAUUUUCUGCUUGUGGUAUUCAGGUUGAGCACCUGAAUAUAAUUAUGCAAUCGGUAUGAGACGUUCAGGAACUGCAUUUGUUGCACUCGUGCUUUCUUUUCUGUAUAUAGCAUGUUUAGCGGAAGCAAAUGUAAUAAGUUUGGGGAGUAUGCUUGGAUGGCUAGAUCCGAAGCUUAAUUCUAUCUUUGGAGCUUACGGCAGAUUCAAUAGAUAUGGAUGUUACUGUGGUAUUGGUGGCUCAGGAUUACCAGUGGAUCAAAUCGACUGCUGUUGUCAGCUACAUGAUGCAUGUUAUGACAGCUUAACAGACGACGGGACAUGUACAAGGGGAGGAACAUUUAGCCAUCUUUAUCAAUAUACUAAAUACAAAGAAGAUGGAAGACCACAAAUCAAAUGUAAGGAAUCUGACGACCCUUGUGCUUACAAGCUGUGUCAAUGCGAUAGAAAGGUGGCAGUUUGUCUUUCUACACACGAAUCCAAGUACAAUAUGAAGUACAAGAACUACGAUCGGAAUACUAAAUGCGAGAAGAAAAAAUGGAUGCAGGCAGACUUCUGUCAAAUACCAUAACAUCUUCGGGCAAUGUUACUGUCCAAACUGAAUUCCAAUAAUACCAACAUCAUGAUCAGCUCGACUUCAUUAACCUCCAUUGUUGUUAAUAAUAAUAAUAUUUAGCUUUUAUAUAGC